GAUGGACAAGCUGGUGCAGUUCGGGAAGAAGGCAUGGUUCGUGGUGCGGGUCAUGUCCGGCUACGAGGAGAGGAGGAUCCGGUCCUACAGGCUGCAGCUGCAGCAGCGCCUCCAGCAGGCUCAGGCUAAGAAGAAGGAGAUUGAGAAACAACCAGAGCAAGUUAUUCUGUCAGAGGUUCGUCAAGUGGUUCAGCAGAUGCAAGCUCUCAAUCAGCACCUCGAAGAAGCUGAAACUGCCAUAGAUGAGUAUUUCAAACCGAUCGACAAGAAUGCUCAGAUCUUAAUAGACAUGCAAAUGGAGAAAGAAGAGAAGCAAAUGAAGGAGAUGCUCCAAGUAAUGCGAGGCCAAAUACAAAUGCAAAGAGAAAUCGAGACGAUGAAAGCCGAGGCCAGUGCCGUGGAGCCUGUCGACACCCAAGCGAGUGCAACAACGGCUGAGAUUCCUCCGAAACAAGAAAACACUAAAUAGAUACUGUCCGCUGUUACGUUUUCCAUAAGCUAGUUAUUAUGUGCGCAUGGAUGGACUCUUUACAUGGGCUCUUGCUGGGCUAGGUAAUAAGUAGGGAUCUACGGCAACACAACUGCCAAUUUUGUACCUCGGGUGGUAUUCUUUUUCGCUGGGCAGAGUUUCUCGUCUUCCUGACCCGUGUUGUUUCCUGUUCGAGACGGUAAAUCAUGGAAGCUUUGUGCAAUUUGAUGUGGGCUGUGAGUUGUGGAAACUGCACCGUGUGCGUAACCAAAAUUUGAGUCCUGUCCUAAGUAGGAAGCACAAUUUUAAGUACUUGGGAAGCUUUAUGUUUGUGUGUUUCGCGGA